AUGGGUAGUAAAGCGGUUAAAUAUACAAGUAGAUUGGCAACGUCACACUCCCAUCGUGUACUAGGAGUUGUCAUUAACAUUAACAGGAUGAGUCACGUAUCUAAGAAUAAACCAGAACAAGCAAAAUUGGUCGCAACACACGGUGUUACUGAUGCUACAAAUAUGAAAUGGAUCGGCCUCGAGAAGAUCAUAUACUUGGAUCCUAACGGUCAGGAACGUGAGUGGGAGAGUGCUGUUCGGAAGACUCGGUCCUCUGGAGGGAUUGAUGGUGUCGGUAUUUUAGCGAUUCUCCGCCACCCAGACCAACCUGACCGGAUUGUACUGCAGAAACAGUUUCGUCCUCCAGUGAACGGUGUAUGCAUCGAGAUGCCUGCAGGACUUGUCGAUGAAGGUGAGACUAUAGAACAGGCUGCAUUAAGGGAGCUUAAGGAAGAAACUGGUUAUUCUGGCAAGAUCAUUUCUAAGAGCCCAACAAUUUUUAACGACCCUGGAUUUACAAACACGAACUUAUCUAUGGUUCUUGUUGAAAUAGACGAAACUCUACCUGAAAACCAGAAUCCAGUGAACAAUCUAGAGGCCAAUGAGUUCAUAGAGUGCUUUACGGUGACUUUAAAAGAUUUUCCAGAUAAAAUGUUAGAGUUGGAUAGGCUCGGUUAUAAGUUGGACUCCAGGGUAGAUAACAUUGCCCAAGGUAUUAGACUAGCCAAACAAUUCGACUUAUGA